AUGUACACCAAAACCACAGUCCUCCUCGCGUUUUUGGCACCCCUUUGCCUCUCCUUUCCCGUGGACCCUCCAGCAGCAGUCCUCCCGGUCGAUUCCACUACAGAUGCCCAACCAGCCGCUGCUCCCGAAGCAGCUCCUGUUCCUGUUGUGGCCGUCCCCAAUGCUGCCCCGCCUAUUGAAGAGGUCUGGACCAUCCAAGGCGCCCGCCGCGUGUGCGAACCUGACAACUUGGAAUGCGUCUGGACGUUUACCAUCAGCACUGACUCUGUCUACGCCCCUGUGCCGUGCAUAGUCAAGAUCCUUUCUGACCCCGAACGCAAGGUGCCUGCGAACCAGAACAAUGUCGAGGGAUUGGUUUGUGGGCCGUAUGAAGUGUCGGCGGGGUGGAGUUCGGCGUUUGGGGUGGAGAAUGGGUUUACGGUGUUGUAUGUGGUGGACAUGGAGAGGAAGAUGGGGGUGUGGCCUGCGUAUGAGGACAAGAAGGUGGAGAAGGGGGAGGUUGUAGUGCCUGAUUUGCGGCUGCCGGUCAAGCAUCUGGGGUGA